CGCGUUAGGGUUUUAACUACGAAACCGCUUCCAAGGAGGCCACUUCUCUUCUCGUCACCGAACCUUGAUUCUUGUGUAAGCGUCCCGCUGAUCUUUCAUGGAGGUCUGAUUUCAGAAGCACUGAAAGAGGAGAGAGAAGUGGAAGGAGAGGUCCGCCGUUGCAAUUAGAGAAAUCACCUGUGAAUCUGAAGACAUGCCCUCACCACGCGCGCUCUUCUCCACCAUUGAUUCGGUCCUUUCCGGUCCCUAUUCCCAGUCACCCUAUCAACGGAUACAGCUAGUGCAUUCUAUUCGAUCUUCACUCCCUCUUUUCCAGUCACUUCUAUGCUAUCCGGGUCCAAAGGCAUCUGAUAGAUUUCAGCUGCAGUCCAAGGAAGUUAGACUGCCUGACUCUCCGAUUAUACCUCUCGAUGACACGGAUGUUGAUAUUGCUUUGAAAUUAAGUGACGAUUUGAAUCUUAAUGAAAUUGAGUGCGUCCAGCUACUUGUUACGACCAAUAAGGAGUGGAUUCUUUUUGGGCGAGAGCCAUUGGAGAUAUACCGACUUGCAGCAGGCCUAUGGUACAUGGAAAGAAGGAGUGUUAUAACCUCCUUACACGCCCUUUUACGGGCUGUUGUACUUGAUAAUGGACUGGAAGCUGAUACCUUGGCCGAUAUUCAGAAAUAUCUGGAAGAACUUUUUGACUCUGGGCUUAGGCAGAGGCUUAUUGCACUCAUAAAGGAAUUAAAUCGGGAAGAACCAGCUGGUUUUGGUGGACCUAAUUCUGAACGCUAUAUCAUUGACUUCAAAGGUGCAGUUGUUGAGCGGAAAGCAGUUGUUGCUCAAGAAAGAGUUCUUCUUAGUCACUGCCUCGUCCUAUCUGUACUUGUCUGGAGAAUGAGUCCGAAGGAGGUAAGCAACGUAUUUUCUAUGCUAAGAGAUUGUGCGGCCGAAGUUGAUGAUAGUGAUAACACUAUAAAACUUCAGAUCACAAUCAGUUUAAUGUUCUCUCUUGUGAUUUCUUUUGUAUCUGAUGCUUUGAGUACGAGUUCUGUGAAAACGUCUCUGCUGUCCCAUGAUGCCACUUUCAGGCAGGAGUUCCAUAAAUUAGUAAUGACAUCGGGCAACAAUCCAAAUGUUGAAGGAUUUGUAGAUGUCGUUAGACUUGCAUGGAUAGUGCUUCUUAUAUAUACCCAGGAUCAGGGUGGUGCUAGGGAGACCCCUGUAGGUUUGGAUUCAAGAGAUUUGGCUCCCAUCUAUGAGUCCCUAGAAACUGUCUGUUCAAGAAACGUUUUCCAGUUUCUACUUGCCAAAGUUCUCCAAAUGCCAUCCUACCAGAAUGAAGAUGAGGAUAUCGUGUAUGUGUAUGAUGGAUACAUGCACAAACUGAUGAUGUGCUUUCUUUCCCACCCUUUUACCAGAGCGAAGAUAGAAAAAUAUUCUAGUUUCGACAAGGAAGUUUCUAAUUCUCGUAAUUAUGCUAAAACAAAUAUAUACUCAGAUAUACUUAUUUGA